AUGAGUGUAUUGAAUGUUUUGCUGUUUGGGUAUUUCACAGUACUAGCUAGUACUUAUCGUCUGAAUGUACCGCGCGUAUUGUUACCUUAUCAUCCAAAUGUGCAAGUAACCUUUGAUUUGACUGUUAGUGAUCCAGAAGAUGGAUGCUUUUCAUGGCGAACAACACGGCCAGAUGUUGUGUCAAUAAAAGUAUUGAAUCCGAUCAAAACAAGUGAUUGCUCAUCAAGAGCUCGGAUUGCUGCAACGUCAAAGUAUUCUGAUGAACAAACAGCCGUUAUUUUUGCAGAAAAUAAAGAUGCAGGUAUAGUUUUAACCUGUGGUGUCACAGUUGAUGUUAUACGGAGUAUUAUAAUAUCGACGACAACAAAAGUAUUGUUUCUGGAUGCAUCGCCUGCAAAAGUCGUUAUUCAAGCUUACAAUGCUGAAGGGGAUAUGUUCACGAAUCUUGGAGAAAUACCGUUUGAAUGGCACUUAGAAUCAUCAUCCGAAAAGCCUCUCCGAAUUGUACCCUUUUCACAAUCAAAGUAUAAGGCACCUGAUGGAGUGCGUUUUCUGGAGGACAACAAAAAGCGAGGCUAUGUAAUUUUGGUAGAGGGUAUUUCUACGGGUGCUGCUAGUCUUGAAGCAAAAUUGAUCGAAUCUCAUUUCAAAAAUGUGGAAGCUCAAAGAGUGGAUCUCAUUGUAGUUGCAAAUCUGUUGUUGGUACCGUCUCAAGACAUAUAUGUUCCGCUUGGGUCAUAUGUGCAUUAUUCUGCAGAAAUUAUAAAACAAGGUAUCACAGAAGAAAUCACUUUACCUGCAAAACAGUACCACCUAGUCAUAAACAAUUCCGAAAUUUGUUCAUUAGACACACAAACUUCUAUGGUAGUGGCUCUUAAAUACGGAACAACCGAGAUAUCGAUUAUCGACGAAAAUGUUAAGUCGUCAAAUACUUUAAAACCACCGUCUGCUCGGAUCCAUGUGGUUGAACCUAUGAGUUUGUCAAUUAAAAUCAGUGGGGAUUCGUGGUAUCUAGAAAAAGGACGAGAAUACCAAAUUUUUUUUGUUAUCGUUGAUGACAGUAAUCAUAUACUACAUGUACCUGAGGACUCGGAACGAAAAAUUUUGCCAUCAAUAAAGGAUGAAGUGACUACUACGAUAUCAGAACCAGUCCAAGUCUCACCUCCAGUUGUUGUGUUUCCUUAUACUGAUGACAAGAAGAUGAAUUCAGCAAAACUUUCGGCGCGAGGUGGUACAGGUUCAUUUAUUUGGUCAAGUGAGAAUCCAGAAAUUGCGUUCAUAGAUUCUAGUGGUAUUCUUUCAUCUAGAAAGCUCGGUAAAACGAAAGUGGUUGCUCGAGAUUUGCAAAACGUUAAUCAUUUCGGACAAGCUAUUGUUCAGAUUGUAGAACCCGCUGGAAUUGCAUUUGGCACAUCACAUAUCGAAGCAGAAAUUGGUAAUGAUUUGGUUUUAUUCGUUUCUCUUUACGCUUCCAUGGGAGAUGAAAAAAUCGUCAUAUCUGAUUGUCGUCAACUUAAUUUUUUGUUUGAAGUACAAGACUCUAACAUCUUCAAAAUUUCAUCGCAGCAUUCUCCAUAUGUUUCAUUGCAAGGUGAUGGUUGUUCGAGCUUUGUGCUGACUGCUCUUAAUUCUGGUGACACCACUGUAACUGUGCGAUUAGGUGCUAUGUCAGCUUCAAUUCUAAUUUCUGCUUACCCACCGCUCAGAUUGGAAACUCCUACAGAAUUACUUCUUUUACACGGGAGCAGUUUUUAUGUUCGCACAUCUGGCGGUCCAAGACCAUGGGUUCUAGACCCUUCAAAAUAUUACACGAAAUUGACGUACAGCAAUGCAUCAGCUUUGAUCACUGAAAAUGCUUCUCAAAAUGAUCGCAAGAUUAUUACCUGUCGAGAAAACGAAGGCGAUGUUGUGAGUUGUAUUUUCUUGCCAUUAACUCGAUUUGGUGUCUUGAAAGUUACCAUUGUUACUGGUAACGAAGCCUCUUACACAAAUCCGCUGCCUGCUGUGGCCGAAGCAAAAUUCCGAGUUUGUUGUGGAGUGCCUUCGCGUUUAUUGUUGUCUCUGCAGCGUUCUUUGGGUAAUAAAUGCCCGACAAAAGUGCAUGCAGUAAGCUUUAGUCAACCAUCAACCAUAGUUGUGGAAGCUUUUGGGCACUGCAAAUCUGGGCCAUCAGUGGGCCUAGAACAGCAAAUUCUUUCAUUAACUUCACUGAGACUUAACUGGAGUCUAAGUGAUAGCAAUAUAGCACAUGUAGAUGAAAGUGAACGAGGACUGUACUCAAGUGAAAUAUAUGGGAUACUGAAACCGCAAAAUAUUGUUGGCCAUGUUCAAAUUUUUGCAACGGCGUAUGAAUAUUUGCUUGAUGGUUUGAAACACUGUUUACCGAAGAUGUUACAAAGUAAGAUGCAGAUCACGCUAGUCGAAAAUGCAGAAGCAUUACCAUCAACGGUUAUAUUAUUAAACGAAAAAAAAGCUACAAAAGAUAUUCGUCUGGUUGGUGGUUCGGGAUAUUUUUCUUUAAGACCCUAUGACACAGCAAUGCUGGACGUCAAAAUGCAAACUGACAUAGCGCAGGUUCGUCCAUUGACUGUGGGUAAGUCUGUACUUCACUUUACGGAUUUAUGUACUGAAAAGAACUUCACAGCUACGAUUUCGAUCUCUGAAGUAGAAGAAAUAUUGAUUGAAGCACCUCACUUUGUUGCACUGCAUAGCGAACAAAACUUACAUUUAAAAAUUCGGGAUGUUGAAGGCUCUUUUUUUGUAACAGAUGAUGCUAAUGUCAUGGAUGUGCAAGUGAAUUCAUCAAAGACUGCUGUGACUCUUACUAGAAUUGAUUCUUUACAUUAUACAUUACGUGGUGAAAUGACUGGCGUUGUAACUCUUCGUGCCUCUGCUCGACGUGCUAAUGGGCAAAUCCUACAGAGUCAUUCACAUAGGAUACAAGUGUAUGCGCCGUUACAAUUGCAGCCGAAAGUUAUAACUUUGAUCCCAAAUUCAGUUUUUCAGCUGGAGAUAUCUGGUGGUCCGCAACCUUUGCCACCUUUACAUUUUCAUCUCAACAACACAUCGGCUGCAGACAUAUCACCGAAUGGAUUUAUAACCAGUAAAAUUAUCGGAUAUACAGAAAUUAUUGGUUCUGUUGACUUGGAAAAUAAUGCACCGAUUCAGGAUAAGGUAAUCGUUAGAACAGUUUUGCUUUCUGGAGUCCGUAUACGCCUCUCCACAUUACGAAUUCAAGUUGGUGAAAAAGCAUGGGCACGUUUGGAUGGUCUUACUGAGGAUCAGACGCCAUUUUCAUUUGGUGGUGCGCUCUAUCCAUUACAUAUAUAUUGGACAAUUGCCACCCCUGGUAUAAUUGAAGCUGUUUCGCCCUUUGGUGCUUUGGUUUCUGAAUCGUCAGAAAAUCGAUUUCAAAUAGAAGUGAAAGCAUUGGCAGCUGGACAAGCUGUGAUUCGUCUGUCGGUUAACAUUUCAACAUUUUUGGGAGGGUUUCCCGAACUCAUCCAACAUUAUGAUGACGAAAUUAUAUUGACUGUCAUUGAACCUAUACAGCUAAUCAAGCCAGUACUACACCCUGAAGUGUUGCGGAUCUCUCCAGAUGCAGAACUCACUUUGAAAAGUAAUAGGUAA